UUAGUUCAAACCCCGGAGCGGUGCAUCCCGUCCAGACACGAUCUGCGCUCGGCUGCACGGAGCUCAUGCCUGCUGUGGUGUCUGACUCCGGGAGGAUGGACGGUGUGUCGUUGGGACACUGCCUCUCAUGUCUUACCAGUCUGGUGGCCACACCGGCCUCACCACGUCCAAACUGUACCACGGAUUCAGAGGAGGACACGGUGAAUGGAGGGAUGCACACCUUCAACCAGACACACAUGAGGAAGGCUUUCCAGCUGAUGAACGAACUGAGGAGUAAAAAGAUGCUGUGUGACGUCCAGCUGGUGGCGGGCAGCGUCGAAGUGCCAGCUCACAGGGUGGUCCUGGCGUCUUGUAGCCCCUACUUCUGUGCCAUGUUCACAGGGGAUAUGAGCGAGAGCAAGGCCCAUCAGGUGGAGAUCAGAGAGGUGGACGGACAGACGCUGAGAAAACUGGUUGACUACAUCUACACAGCAGAGAUAGAGGUCACAGAGGACAACGUCCAGGUUCUGCUGCCAGCAGCCAGUCUCCUCCAGCUGAUGGAUGUUCGUCAGGUUUGUUGUGAGUUCCUGCAGUCUCAGCUUCACCCCACCAACUGUCUGGGCAUCAGAGCCUUCGCUGACCUGCACACAUGCACACAGCUUCUCAACCAAGCCCACGCAUACGCCGAGCAGCACUUCACUGAGGUGGUGCAAGGAGAAGAGUUCCUGGGUCUUUCUCUGCAGCAGGUGUGCAGCCUCAUCUCCAGUGACAAGCUCACUGUUUCCACGGAGGAAAAGGUGUUCGAGGCUAUGAUAGCUUGGAUCAAGCACGAUAAGCCAGCGCGUCUAGAGUACAUGCCAAAACUGAUGGAGCACGUCAGACUUCCACUACUGUCCAGGGAUUACCUGGUACAGAUUGUCGAGGAAGAGGCUUUGAUAAAGAACAACAACACCUGUAAAGAUUUUCUCAUAGAAGCAAUGAAGUAUCACCUGCUGCCAGCCGACCAGCGGCACCUCAUCAAGACGGACAGGACCCGACCACGAACUCCUAUCAGCAUCCCCAAAGUGAUGAUUGUGGUGGGCGGUCAGGCUCCCAAGGCGAUCCGCAGUGUGGAGUGUUAUGACUUCCAGGAAGAUCGAUGGUACCAGGUAGCCGACCUGCCUUCAAGACGAUGCCGGGCAGGUGUGGUUUCCAUGGCAGGUCGUGUGUAUGCAGUUGGCGGGUUCAAUAGUUCGCUGCGGGAGCGAACAGUGGACGUGUACGAUGGAGUGAGAGACCAGUGGAGUGCGGUGGCGAGCAUGCAGGAGAGACGCAGUACGCUGGGAGCUGCUGUGUUGGCCGAUUUAUUGUACGCUGUGGGGGGCUUUAACGGAAGUAUAGUUUUUUUCUUCUUUUGUCUCUCUCUCUCUCUCUCUCUCUCUCUCUCUCUCUCUCUCUCUCUCUCUCUCUCUCUCUCUUGUGUGUCUGUAUCAGGUCUGUCGACAGUAGAGGCCUACAAUUAUAAAAGUAACGAGUGGAUGUAUGUAGCCUCCAUGAACACACGACGAAGCAGCGUGGGUGUUGGUGUGGUCGAUGGUAAGUUGUACGCAGUAGGAGGCUAUGAUGGAGCAUCCCGUCAGUGUCUCAGUACAGUGGAAGAAUACGACCCUGUCACUGAUCAGUGGUGCUAUGUAGCUGACAUGAGCACACGGCGCAGUGGAGCAGGGGUGGGUGUGUUGGGCGGUCAACUGUAUGCAGCAGGAGGACAUGACGGUCCACUGGUGAGGAAGAGCGUUGAGGUGUACGACCCACAGACCAACACCUGGAGGCUGGUCUGUGACAUGAACAUGUGCCGACGAAACGCAGGUGUCUGUGCCAUUAACGGGCUGCUGUAUGUCAUUGGAGGAGACGACGGCUCCUGUAACCUCUCCUCAGUAGAGUUUUACAACCCGGCCACAGACAAGUGGAGCCUCAUUCCCACAAACAUGAGCAACGGACGCAGCUAUGCUGGAGUCGCAGUGAUUGACAAGCCAUUAUGACGAGGGCCCUCGCACUGCGGCAGCUGGUCGCCUAGAGACUUGUACUGACGUCUGAAGCUCACCAUGCAAACGGAGAAGAGACGCCUAAGACGCAGUCCAAAUGGACGGGACGCCCUCAGUCCACAGCUUACUUAAUAACCAAGGAUGCGUUUUGAGGAGUUUUUUGGCGCUAAACCACAGCCAGACUUUUUUUGUUGCUACAAGCCAGUUUCCAUCACAGAGAUCCUGACUUUGAAGGACGUCGUUGCACUGGAUAAGAAACAGUAGCCACAGGAUGGUGGGCUUAUAAGAACUUUGUCUUGGUGAGUUCUCAAAUGCCAAGCACAUAACAAGUGGCUGUAUCAGCUGACAGAAGACUAACUCAGACGUUGGACUUUAGUGCUUUAGAUGCUCUGUGGUGUAAUGGCGGCGUUUAUGUGAUGGACCGUAUCAAACCUGGGAACCUGAAUACUGAUGAGGUUUUACCUGGGCACGCCAUGGGAGCCUUUUUUUUUUUAAUUAUGAGAUUUGCCGCAGUUUCCUAGAACAUAAAUCAGCUCAUGGCAACUGUUUGCUCGGCUUGAUUUUAAAGUAAUGAACCCAGUUUGAUUCCUGUGCGGACCGUCAGCAGGUCCAACUGUUGAACUACAUGGAAACAGCUCUUCAGAGAGCUGCGGCGUGGAGUGUAUUUGUUCUCAACCUGGAAGCCUGGACCAAGUGAGCCGCAAGAUAAUAUAAAGAAUGUAGAAAAACAUCUUAUAUGCAAAUCAGCCGUCAUAUUUAAUAUUUUUGAGAUUGUUUUUAAAGAGCUAGAGAACCACUGCUGUGGCUUUAGACCCAGGCUGGUUGAUCCCAUUCGACGCAGUAGGACUUGAUUCUGUUGUCGACACACACUACUGAUGCACUGAUCACUUGCACUGACUGAUACAGACCGGCAGGCUGGCUGUUUGACUCACUGAUUGGCUGGCCCAGACGUCAGCCUGUCUCACUGACCUGCUGUCAGACAGACGGCUGCUCAGCUGUCUGUCUCCGUUACUGACCGUACUCAUUGGAGCAUUUAAACGCACCACUCAAAGGCCAAUAAUUUCAUCCGAAAUUGUAAAAAAAAAAAGAAAGAAAAAAGUGCCAGUUAGGUCAAACAGAUUAAUGCUGGAGUCACGUGGUGUUUUUUUAAUCUCUGAAAUGAUGAAUUGUUUGUGUUCAUUGUCUAAGGGAGUGUGUCAAAAUGCACUGUAGAAAUUCAGCUGCACAGUUAUAAUGUAAAAGAUGCAGGUUUAAGAUUUUUCUAUUUAUUGUUUUGGGACAAUUGAUCACACAGCAUUUAUUCAUAACAAAGUGAGGUUCUCAUUUCAUUUUCUCAGCCUCGUGUUACACUUGUGCUCUACGCAUAUUCAUCCAGAUGAUAGUGGGUAUAUUUUAGGUGUAGUUAUUUAGUGGACUGACUGGUGCCAUAGCUUUUGAAGAAAAAGAGAUUAAUAGAAGCUGUUUUUAUGAAAGGUGUCCUCAGCCAGCCUUUCAUUGCUGCCUGCACUCUUCUAAAAAAUCAUGGAGUUAACUGGACGUGUUCGGCUGUGAUGACAGAAGUAUAUAAAACGCCUAAAAAAACCAUACUGUUGUUUUUGUAUGUUCAGUCAAUUUACAAGUCAUGUGUUCUACAUUAGUCCCAACCAUGUUAAUACUAACCUUAUUAAUACAAACCAUACAGUCAGAUUGAUUAGUGUCUUCCAGGAAGUUCAGAUUACCGUAUGAAACUCACUCGAGAUGCUGUAAGUGAUCACUGUGAAUAUUCCAGUUUUUUAAGGGACUCUCCAGGGUUGGACUUAUGUUGCUGCCUCGACAGACAGGACUGUUGGGGGGGCGGCAGUGCUGAGGUCUGGAGCACACAGUUACUUGCAAUGUAAUACAACAUCAGCGUGUGCACCACUCCAGAUCCUAGUUUACAUUGUUUGCUAGUUAUCUUGGCGUAGUAAUGCAGGUAAAUGGUGUGGAUUGUACGCUGUGUUCAUGUGUCUGUGGGCAGGAAGUGCAUUAUAAGCACCUUUAGAGGUCUGCUGCAGCACAGUGUUGCAGCAUGCACCAGCUAUAAUGUCAAUCAAGAGGUAAACAGUCAUAUUAGCAGUUUCUUACAUUAUGAAUGUGGCAGCACAAGUCUUGUGCUGUUAUUUGAAACUACUGCUGCAUUAAUUCAUUCUCUAUUUCCUACAUUAUAGACACUCGGUAGUUCGUACACUAUAAUAUUAUUUUGUGUUCUCACUGAUGAAGAUGAUGUUGUGUCAAAGGAGAAAUAUGAGAUUUCUCAUUAGGGUUUACACCAUGAACACUACUUUUUUGUUCUGUUUUCCUUCCAUUGUGGGGAUGUUUUAGGGAGUGUGUGGAGCAUAAAGUGCACUUGAACAACUGGAAGUUAUGUAAAUACACUUGGCAACAGAUAGGAGGUGAUUAGAAGCACAGCUUUGGGUGUUAGAGCCUCCCAUCAGCAUCUGAACAUACCAGAGGGAACAAUCUAUACUUUCUUCACUGCAUUACUGCUAUAAAUAACAACUGCUCUGUUCACUGGCAUGAGUCAUCUGAAGCAAAUCAAGUUUCUAUUAGUUUAACUUAAUAUAGUUUCUUAAUAAAAUGGAAACCAGUGGUCGCCUGGAAUGUAGGGAAAAUGUGUUAAUUAAUAACAGUAAGUUAUAACCGUAUGCAAUUCAAUGUAGAUCGGCUAAAACAUAAAAAAACACCAGUAUGGUUGAAUUUCAGUUCAUGUGUGACCUUGUAGAAAAAACAGAAUUUCACCUUGAGGUCCAUUUAGUAGCUGUUCUGGAGCUUUUGACCGUAUCACAUGGCCUUCAUUAGCAGACUGAGUUUGCUGAAUUAUCGUGGAGUCGUUGAUGUUCAGUGUCCGCUAUCCUGAGCACCUUCGGGACUUCUCCACCGCAUUAAAAGUUAAACUCAACCUAAACCUCAGCUGGUGAGCACUUGGUCGAAAGCUCCAGACGAGCUGCUAAAUGGACCUCGAAGUGAGUUGGUGAGGAGGUGUGGUCCUCGCAGUUUUCAGACGAGUAAUGUUCUUACUAAGCGCAGAUGUUCUAUUUUUAAUAUCAUAAACUGUGGGUGUCGUAAACUAAACGGUUGAUAUUGUGAGUUCAUUGACUGACGUGUGUUUGGGAGAUCUGUGAAGGUUGAAGUUUGUGCACUGUACUUGCAGAUGAUUUGUAAACCUUCAUACUUGAAAUAAUUAACAAAAAAACAACAACAAAGGCUUACUUUGCAAAAAAAAAAUGCUCUAAACUGACUUGUGCUGCUUUGUCUGGAAUUGUAAAAAUGUGCAUUUAGGAUCUUUUUUUUAAUUUUUUUAUAUGAAAUGAACUUCCAUCUUCUGGCACAUAAAAGCUGACUUUGUGUUGGACAGAAUAACGUGAACACAGGGAUCUUCCUCUAAGAGCACAACAGAGUUCUGCCAAGUUUAAUGUGUCCUUUGUUCAUUGUGAAGGUACACAGCAGUACACAGACACAGGUGGUUUAUAUGAUCUGUGUCACUGUUUGGGAUCUCUGAUACACCUUCAUCAGACACUGUGUGUGAAAUAUCAGUAACAGUUUCAUUAUGCAGAAUAAUAUCAGACAUUAAGUAAAAGUAAAUAUCAUGACGAUAUAUGCUAAGGACAGUGGGAAACUGUGUGCAUCCUCGAUAUAUCCUAUAAUAUUAGAGAUAAGAAUUUUUAAAGUACCGGAAUUUACAUUUUCUGCUACUUUAUACUCACUCCACUAAAUUUUACAGGGCAAUACUUUAAAAUAUGCUAAUUACUUCACUACAUUUAUCUGACAACUUUAGUCACUUUGUAGAUUCAGAUUUAAAACUAAAUAUAUCCAACAAAUGAACCAUGAUGUAUUGUUUCCAGGUUGAGACACUUUAUUCACAAGCAGCCCAGCAGUAUGAGAACUCAUUAAAAGAGCUUUACCAGGUGCAACAUGUACACAUACAUACACUGAUAACUACAGUAACGUAAUGGGCCAUUCUACAUACUGAGUACUUUGAGUAUAUUCUGAUGCAGGGGGAGAGAGAGGGGGAGAGAGGGGGAGGCACGCAGCAAAGGGCCACAGGUCACAGUGGAACAUGGCCGCUGCAGCAGGGACUCAGUCUUGGUAUUUGGGAGCACCAGCUCUACCAGGCGAGCAAUCAGGGCGCCCUCGAGGUCGUCAUUGUAACAUUUUUUAAAUGCAAUGCAUGAAAAGUCACCACAAACUCCUUCCACACAGCUGCUGAACUGGUGUCAGAUCAUGUGAUGUGUAGCACAAAGAAAGGAGACUUCAAAUCAUAAAUCUGUUCGUUAUGGAGAUGAUUGUCAUCAAAUUACAAAUGUCAUUAAUAAUGAGAUAUAAGCUGAAGGCUGCAGUGCUGCUCUUUGAUGAUUGAUUGACAGGUACAGUUAAUCAGCGACCUCUGACCUGUCCGUAGUGCUGAACCAUGCAGGUCUAUAUGUAAGUGUUUACAUAACAAUCCUAAUAAACUUACUACAGCGUA